AUGACUGAAUCACCUUCAACUGCGCGUCAAACGCGGCGAACGAGAAUUGUGUGCAUCAGCGACACACACAAUACCACGGUCAAGCUGCCAAAGGGCGAUGUCCUGAUACAUGCGGGAGACCUCACCAACCAAGGGAGUUAUUCUGAGCUCUCCAAGGCCGUCCAGUGGCUGGAGAAGGCUGACUUUGAAGCCAAAAUUGUCAUUGCAGGAAACCACGAUAUCACACUAGACUCUGACUUCUAUCGUAAACAUGGAUCAAGUUUUCAUAAUCAGCACCCUGAGGACUUGGCCCAAUGUCAGUCGUUACUGACCUCGAGCCGCUCCAUUAUAUACCUUUUGAACAGCAGCGCUACUAUUCGCCUUACACGCCCCGACGGACCAGGAACCACUUUUACCAUCUUUGGGUCUCCCUACAGUCCCCAGUACGGCACGUGGGCUUUCAUGUAUCCCCAUCCAACGGCGGCAGAGCUCUGGGAGGCUAUCCCCCUCAACACCGACAUCCUCGUUACGCACACGCCGGCCUACGGGCAUCGCGACGACUCGUGUGGCUGCGACGAGUUGCGGCGAGCCCUCGCCCGGGUACGGCCUCGGCUGCACGUCUGCGGCCACGUCCACCAAGGUCGAGGCGCCGAGCGGGUAAAAUGGGACACGGACAGCUCCCGGGCCGGAGACGGAGUCACUGCGGUCGAGGCUUCGGUCGAAGCAUGGGUGGACCCCAGCCCUGAUCCGGCCUCGGCCAAGAUCAGCUUGGUCGACCUCACGGCGCGCCGCGGGAACCUGCCCCUCGACUUUGACGAUCCGGGACCGGUCGGUUCAGAACAAGAGCGUCCGGGGCAGGGAACCACGAGGUGCUGCGAGGGCCGGAAAGAGACCUGUAUUGUGAAUUGUGCCAUUGUGUCCACCAGCUGGCCUCACAAGGAUGGUAAACGAUUCAAUAAGCCGAUCGUGGUCGACCUGGACUUGCCCGUGUGGAGGUGA